UAAGUGGGCAGCGGUAUGAUACGAUAAACCCAUGGCUUUGAUAAUCCCUUUCCCUCCGGACUGCAUGCCUAUUGAGGGGCAACCAGUUGGGGUUUUGUUUGGGUCGCGAAAGGGCGCGGGGAAACAAUAUAUAAACGUCACCGCAAACGGUGCAAGUUGGUUCGAAAGUCUUGAAAUUGAAACCAGUUAUAAAACAACAUUGCGAAGCACUGAAUUUCAGUGUUCGAUUCCUUCAAAUUUGAAUCUAUUACGGACACUUUAAAACAACAGUAUCUAAAGAACAAAACAAUUCAUACGCAAACCUCCCUAAGAUGCCUUCCCUCACAUCAAAGCCAGUGGGUGCUACGGGAUACGGAUUGAUGGGCCUAACAUGGCGACCCGAACCGGCCCCGAAAGAGCAAGCUUUCAAAGCCAUGCGUACUGCACUUAGCAAGGGCGCCAACUUCUGGAACGGCGGCGAGCUAUACGGCACUCCGACCUACAAUUCAUUGCACCUGCUGAACAGCUACUUUACUCAGUACCCUGAAGACGCCGAGAAGGUUGUGCUAAGCAUCAAGGGCGCGUUUAAUUCUCAAAAGUUCAUGCCUGACAGCAGCCCGGCCAAUGUGCGUCGCAGCGUGGACGAGUGUCUGCGUGUCCUAGACGGCAAGAAGUUUUUGGAUUUGUUUGAAUGCGCGCGCCAGGAUGCCAAUACGCCCGUGGAGGCUACUGUUGAGACUUUGGCGGAAUAUGUCAAGGCGGGUAAGCUUGGAGGCAUCAGUCUGUCCGAGGUGAGAGCCGAGACAAUCCGUCGAGCGGCAAAGGUGCACCCAAUUUCCGCAGUCGAGGUCGAGCUCUCGCUCUGGUCUACGGACAUUUUGGAUAAUGGCGUCAUGGACACGUGUGCGGAGUUGGGCAUUCCGAUUGUGGCAUAUUCGCCUUUGGGCAGAGGAUUUUUGACGGGCCAGAUCAAGUCGAUUGAUGAUAUCCCCGAGGGUGAUUUCCGCAGACAUAUGCCCCGCUUUCAACCAGAUGUUUUCUCCAAAAACUUGGAUCUGGUUGCUGAAUUACAAAAAUUUGCUCAGGCCAAGGGUUGCACACCUGCGCAGCUCGCCUUGGCUUGGGUCAAGUCCUUCAGUGGCAAACCUGGCCGGCCUACGGUUAUUCCUAUCCCAGGAGCCACCACCGAGGAGCGAGUCCUUGAAAAUAUGGUAGAUGUCACGCUGACGGACAGGGAGUUGGAGGAGAUUGAGAAGAUCUUGAAGAAAUUGCCAGUCGCUGGAGGACGCUACGCCCCAGGUCAUCCGACGGAGACCUAGGCUGAAAUCAAGUGGGUAACUUUUAGGAGAAAGAUGCCAGUAGUUAUAAGAAUGUGUGGUAAUUUCUGAUAUUAUUACUGUUUGAACAGAUGUCAGUGACCGAAUAGAAUGGAGAAUUUUAAAUUGCAAGGC